AUGAUUGUCUGUCAACAUAGCAAUUUACUUUAAAUCAGGGCACCUCCCAAUCCCUCUCUACUUCACUAGACUUGCGCUUCAAGCAUCCACAGCGCUGACAACUAACCUCAAUCGUCAGCGACACAGACCAAGUCAGGAACUCUCCUAUAGAACUGCAAAGACUGCGGAGCUAUCAUCCUAGAUAAUGGAACGAUGGCAGUUAAGGACGAGAGAUUUAACUUCGUAGUGGAUAACUCCCCCGCUGAAACUCUGCAAACAAUACUCGCAACUGAAGAGAGGUAGAAACUGGUAGUAAAUCCCUAGGCCACUGCUUAUUUAAAGGAACGAGUGAACAUCGUGAAUUAAUUCUUCGAACUCGGCAAAAGAUUCUUCCAAAGAGAUGAGACCCUGCAUCUCGCUGUUGAGCUCCUAGAUCGAUUCUUUUUAUCUCAGAAUUACGGUUCUCAUUCACAGAGUAUGGCUGAAAGAGAUCCCAACUCAACUCCAAAGGACAAGCAUAGUUCUUCCACAACAGUGAAUUCUGCCGCACAUGGCAAAGAUCAGCAGUAGAUCUAUGGAGUGAGCAACUAGAUCACUGAUAAUUUCGCAAAAUUCGAUUUCACCCCCAAAUCUGCAUAGAAGUCUCUAUAUGAACUUACCAUAUUCUUGAUUGCUAGCAAGUAUGAUGAACUUGAUGAGAAUAUUCCAUAGAUUAAAGAUCUCGUACGCUAUUAUUCCAGAUUUUUACCAGUAAGUGUGCCCACGCCUACUUUCACUCAAAUAGUUGAGUGUGAAAGAUAGAUCAUGAAGCAUUUGAACUGGGAAUUAGGUUAUGUCACUCCUACUAUGAUUAUCAAGCUUUUGCUAGCCAACGGUGUUAUCUUUGAUAACGAGCCCUUCGUUUUAGAUCCUGAUUCUUUGUAAUCCCUAGCAAAAUCCAUAUCAGAAAAAAGUGUGAUCUAUCUUGAUUUACUUGUGCGAAAUAUGUAAAAUUUUAGAGAUAAAAAGCCUUCACUACUUGCCUCAGCUAUUGUGUAUCAAGCCAGGAAGGAUGAAAUCACUAAUCUAAAGAAUAGAGCUAGCGAAGUUAGCAAUACCAACUCAGCACAGUUUAAGCAAUUUUGGUGUACUGAACUCAAAGUGAUGACAGGCUAUUCUGAGUAGGACCUGCUUGAUGUAGCCAGAAGACUAAAGGCAAGACAUGCUGGUAAAGUUGGCGGAACUCCCAGUGAGAAGAAGAGAAAAAAUAAGGAAAACCUAAGUGCUAAGCAGAGUCCAGGACAUGCUCUUUAACACUCUAACUCUAAAUUCCCUCAUAUGCCCAAUUAAAGUCAAAUAAAUGGGUUAAGAGCUCAAAUAUCUCCUAAACUUCCCAUCAGCGAAAAGAAACCUGAUGAAAAGACUCAGUUAAAGAACUCCCCAUUAAGAAACAAGAUAAAUCAACAUCAAAUUACAUUGGAUAGCCACAUAGUUGCGAAUAGUACAUUGUCAUUGAGAACAGCUUAGCUAUCCUAAUUCUAGCCUGCUUAGGAUUACUUAAGCUAAAAAGCCUUGCUCUCUAAUAAGAACUCCACUAAUACAUAUCAAGCACCUUUUACUUAGCCAUCAUCUAAUUAAUAAGGUGUGCCAUCCCUUAAGUAAAGUUCAUAAUCUUGUGAUAAUUAUGGUCUUAAGCCUUAAUCAUCCAAAAAUGUUAAUAGAACUACAUCAAAUAUGACAUUAGGAUAAGGUGGCCUUUAACACUAAAACACCCUUAACCUAGAGGCAUUCACUCAUCAUGAUAUCACUAUGGAUGAGAAUAUCUUAAAAUCUACAUAAUCAUAAUCCUUAUAUCCACUGAGAACCAAACAAACUCAAGCUCUCAAAAAGCCUCAGAGCACAACUCAUGCUGACAAUUUAACUUAACAUAUCUCAGUCUGUUUUGGCAGCAAUACCAUCAAUAAAUAGUUCUUUGAACCACUUAGACUUAAGACAAGCAGAGAGGGUAACAGACUUAGCGAGGAUUAGUAUAAAGUUCAAACAUAGUUGCUAAGGAAGACUAAUGUUCAAUCUUCAAUGUAAAACAUGCCAUCUCUGAGAGAGUCAGCUGAGUACAAUAGUUCAAACAACUCAUCUAUGCAAGGAGGUUAAAACACAAACACCAACACUAAUACUACUGGACUCCACACCACUAGAGUUCCACCAUAGAUGAGACCAGGGCUUAACCAGAGAGGCUACUAAUUCUAGGCACUUAAAGACUUUACUAAGAACCAACAAAGUUCCUCUUAGAACGGAAGAAAUGAAGCUAUGACUAAACUUCCAGCCAUUGAAAGUCACUCCAACUAGAAGCAACCAUUUAACAGCAGAUACCAAGAUGGUGUAAACAGCUCAUCCGUGCAGAACAACAAUGCCCAAGAGAUUAUUACCAUGAACAGAAGAUCGAAGUCUUGGAAGAGAAACAAUGACGAGGUGUUUGCCAUGACCAAUAACCUCAGACAGCAGAUCAGGAACAAAUUCUAGCAAAAUGGAAGCUUGACCAGCAGAGUGCAAAUUCAAAGCUUCAGUUAACUUAACAGCAACUUUACUGAAUAAGCGUAGCUUUACCUGAGUAAAGAAAGUAUCACAAAUGGAGGUGGAACUGGAGCUACUGGGGAGGCUGAUUACCAGAAUAUCUGCAUUUAACCAUAGAACUUCAGCUUGAAGAACAAAGGCAACAACUUUGGUCAGAGAAACAGCAGUUAAGGCUUCCAGGGAAUGCAUGGCAGUGAUUCUAAGAGCAAUACUUUUACAUCAGAUUCUAACACUAGAAGAAGCCAUGGCAACCACCCACUAGAUAACAAUGGUGCUAGCAAGCCAUCUUCUAAAGGUAGCUCCAAGAUCAGACUUUACUCAAAGAAGGCUUUCGACCCAAGUGUAGAAACUGUGGAUAGACAGGGUUGUGGCAGUGGAAUGAUCUAGCCUUAUGUUAAUAGCAACAUAGUUAAGAAAUCCAAAAAUGGGGAAAACAGGCUAGUCCUCUUGCCAAGUUAGAUUCUAUAGAGCAACCAAUCCCCAACUUACUCUUAAAACUAGGAAGGGCAUUAGACAUUCUUCAGAAUUAAGGUUAAUAGAGUAAGUCCUGUGCCUAAAGUGGGAGAUGAGGGCUAUGGAUUUAAUGCUAAUUCUUAAAUUUAAGUUAAUGCCACUAAAAGACCCUCCAGCAAGUUGAGGCAAAGUGCUUCCAACAAUGGCAAUGGAGUAAUUACAAAUAAUUCAGAAGAAGACCAACUGUGCUGUGUCAUUGAAGAGGAAGACAAUGAAAUCACCUUAAAACCUAAGAAGCCUCCAGUUGAGAGAGAAGUUAAAGAUCAGAUCGCUCUUAAUUCCAACAUCAGAAAAAUAAUUCUUAAGAACCCCUCUAAAAGAGAACUAUCUGCUGAUGGCAUUGUGAAGAAGUCUUUUGCCACUGCUCAUAAAUACUUAGCCAACAAGUUUGACUCUAACUCUCAAAAUAGCUCAAGACUAGACACUCAAACCUCUUGCACCACUGGGGGUCCAGGUGUUUAGAACAGUAACUGUGGGGGCAUCAAAAUGUACACUAAGCCAAAGAAGUUUGUGCAAUAAUGA